AUGAAACACGAUAGUGAAAGUACGACUGUUAGUAACAAUAAUGAAUUGACUGGUGAUAACGAUCAGCAGCAUUCAUUUUUGCGACGUUUUGCAAAAAAAGCUGCUAUUUACAAUGGUGGGGCCGCUCUUCUUGGACUAGGUGCUACUAUCAUAGGAGGUUCAUUUGCAGCUCUGUGGCAAGCUACACAUUAUCUUCCAGGUGUUUUUGCUUUCGUGCAGAGCGCUAGUGCAACAGGGGCAGCAGCUUAUUAUACCACCGCAACUGCAGUAGGUUUUGCAACGCCGAUAGCAUACUUCAAUACAAAAAAGGACAAAAAUGAAGAGAAAAAGAAAAAUAUGCCAAAACUGAUAUCGAAACUAUAA